AAGCAUAUUAGCCAGGAAUACCAUAAGCAUGGCAGUUACAAAUAAACAUAAGCUACUUCCCAAAUCCGACCGGAUGUUUUUCAUAUCCAAACAAGAUUUAUACCAGCCAGCAUAUAAUAAGAAACAUCUGCAACAUAUAUAGUUGUACUGUCUAUACCUUUGGAAAGAAGAACUGGCUGUUCGGAGAAGCAUCAACAAAGAUAUUUGUCAGUUCGGAAAUAUGGGGUUUGCCAACAACGUAGGCAAGUACCAGCUGGGGCGGACUAUCGGAGAAGGUACUUUCGCAAAGGUGAAGCUGGCUCUGGACAGCACAAAUGGAAAGUAUGUUGCCGUCAAGAUCCUUGAUAAGCAUAUGGUCAUGGAAACCAAUCUCAUGAAUCAGGUGCAGAGAGAAAUUAGGACAAUGAAGCUUCUAAAUCACUCAAACAUUGUGCGUAUACAUGAGGUUAUUGGUACAAAGACAAAAAUCUACAUAGCAAUGGAAUAUGUUUCUGGGGGACAACUGUCAGACAAAUUGUCGUACGCCAAAACAUUAAGUGAAGGAGAGGCAAGAAAGAUUUUUCAGCAAUUGAUAGAUGCAGUCGACUACUGUCAUAACAAAGGUGUAUAUCACAGAGAUCUAAAGCCAGAAAACUUGCUUUUGACCAGUAAUGGAAACCUGAAGAUAUCUGAUUUCGGACUUAGCGCAUUGCGAAAGCCUGGUGACUUGUUGUCAACUAAAUGUGGUUCUCCAAGUUAUGUAGCUCCUGAGCUACUUGUAAAUAAAGGCUAUGAUGGAGCAGCUGCAGAUGUUUGGUCUUGUGGAGUGAUUCUUUUUGAAAUACUUGCUGGUCAUCUGCCAUUUGAUGACUCUAGCCUGAUGAAUUUGUACAAAAAGAUAUCCACAGCAGAGUACACAUUUCCACAAUGGUUUACAGAAAGCCAAAAGAAGCUGAUCUCAGGAAUAUUUGAUCCAAAUCCCAAAACGCGACUAACGAUUUCAGAAAUUAUUGAAAAUGAAUGGUUUCAAAAGGAUUACGUGCCUACAUGUGGAAAUGAUAGUGAUGAGAAAAUCUACUUAGAUGAUGUCAAUGCUGCAUUUGAUUCAAUUGAGGAAAAUGUCAAGGAGACCAAAAUUCCCAAAUCAUCAAGUUUUAUAAAUGCUUUCCAGUUGAUAGCCAUGUCAAAUGAUCUGGAUUUAUCAGGUCUUUUCGAGGAACAGGAUGAGAAUAAGCACAAAGUAAGGCUUGGAUCCCAGCACACAAUCAGUGAAACCAUAAAGAAAAUAGAAGCUGCUGCAAUGGAUGUGAGUCUUUCAAUAGCAAGAACAAACAACUUUAAGAUAAAAAUGCAUGCGAAACAAGGAAUGACUAGAUGUUGUAGAUCAUAUAUUGAUAUGUCGGCAGAGGUGAUCGAAGUAGCUCCCACACAUUGUGUUGUAGAAAUAUCAAGAUCUGCAGGAGAGCUUGGACCGUACAACGAAUUCUGUAAGAGUCUAACAAGUCAGCUGACAGAGGAAUUAGGUGAUUCAUCCCAAAUGCAAGAGAAUGAGGUAGACCACAUUGAAAGCAAAAGUGAAGGGUCUCAGGAGACAAAAUCCACGAUAAUCGAUGACCAUCGUGGUUAUUCAUCUUCUUGAUCAGCUUCUUUCAUGUCAAGGCCAAGUUUCCAUUUUCCAAUGGAUUCUAAAGGAAAAUGUAUACAUAGAAAAGUAAAUAUUGUCAAGCUUGUAAGGCAUGCAUGCUUAUAGAUUACAAUGCCAAAGAAGAACCUGUAUUUUCAAAGAGUAUUUUGCUUGCUGGUCGAAGGAAGAGGAAGUAUUUUUUUGGCUGCAGAGUUUACUGGAUGCGGAUUCUAACAUGUUCUACAUUUUUCACUCGAGAAAGAAGAGUUUAAAUAAUCACCCAAAGAUACAGUUGGAUUUCGCCACUGUGAAUUUGAUUAGGAAGAAUUAUAUUGGACUCCUAACAUGAAGCAAUAAGAAGAUCUUUUUCAAUCCAACAAUGCAUUAAUUAGCUUAUAGCA